UAUUAACGUUCCAGGCCCUGUGCGUAACGUGUGGAGGCUAUGCAGACCCAGAACCUACAGCGUCCCGCUGAUCUCAUCGGUUAACGGACUAAAGAAAGGAUGAGGGUUUGAGAAAACACCUUAUCGUUACCGAAUACCGUGACGGAAGUGUAAUGCAACAGUGAAGAUAUCUUGUCGCUCGCGACAUGCGGAUGGCGCGUUAGGUGAAACUGUAAACUAAUGUAUGUCCGGUCAGCUGUUUUUAUUUACAGAGAGACAGCAGCAUCACCGGGACGUGUGCACGAGACCACAGACUAGCCUAUACUGGCGAUCCGGACACCCACAAACGGGCAGGACUAAGGGAGAGGAGGACGCAGAGAGAGAAAAUAAAAGAGUGUGAGAGAGAGAGAUGGAGUUUAAGCAGCUGGUGGAGGUGGCGGAGAAAUGGUGUUCGUCGGUUCCGUUCGAUCUGAUCUUCGCGGAGGAGGAUGAUGAGAGAAGACUGGACUUCUACGCAGAACCGGGAAUCUCUUUCUAUGUCCUUUGUCCCGAUAACAUGACGGGAGGGAUCGAGCAUUUCCAUGUAUGGAGUGAGAGUGAGGACUGCCUGCCAUUCCUCCAGGUAGCUCAGGACUACAUCACUUCCUGUGGAAAGAAGACACUUCUGGAGGUCCUGGACAAAGUGUUGACUUCCUUCAGACCUUUGCUGGGUCUACCAGACAUAGAUGAUGAGACGUUUGAGCAGUACCAUGCAGGCGUGGAGGAGGAACCAGAGGCAGACCACCAGCAAAUGGGAGUCAGCCAGCAGUGAUGCCCACAGAUGAGGUGUCCAGUAGGGCUACAAUAACUACCCAUGCCCCUGGUCUCAUCACCUACAACAACACACAGGCCCAACGACCCUGUAGCGACUAUACACAGUCAUAAUGUAUACUCACACACACACACAGGACAGCCUGCUUCUCAAAAGAUUUGCUCCCCAGAUUGUGCACUCCCUGCCUCCCUCACACACACACAGACACACACACAGACACACACACACACACACACACACACACAGACACACACACACACACAGCCGUGCCAUAGAACUUGAUUAUUAUGAUCAAUCACAACAGACAGUAGUUAUACAUAUAGUAGACUACAACAUGACUGGAGUUACUAUUACUAACCACCUGCAGGCUGGUUCUAGCAUGGUAAAUACAUCACUCCCCAAGCCAGCUCCCCCCCCCCCCCC